GCAACGCAGUUUAACUGAAUCCAAAUAUUCGUUUGUGUGCUGCAUUUACUUUGUUCGUCGCGCGUUCAAACGCCUAGCUCCAACUAAUUUGGCGUGAAAAACAGAAAAGAUUGUCCAAGUUAAACGUUUCAGUGAGCUUUAUUUCACACAAUGGCAGGAGCAGUGGUUGAGAAUCUCAGCAACCGCAAACUUAUUGUUCUAAUAUCUUUUCUUAUGAUAUGUCUCCUCCUUUGCUUUCUUCUUGGCGGCUUGGUUGCACCAGCACCAUCCAAUGUUCAAUCAGUGUUAGCCACAAAAUGCUAUGAUCAUGGACAAAACAAGAGCAAAUUUUUCUAUGUGCGUCCUUCUGGUGGUUGUGACAAGAUAGAUGAUUUACAUGGGCCGGAAGCAGAGGAGAGGCACAUUACUGAUAAAAAUGUUGUUUUUGCUUUUCAGUUACCAAUACCUCGAGGAGGCAUGGAGUUGGACUACUCGCGUUGGAUGCAAAAUCUAAUUGGAAUUCUACAAAUUGAUGUCACAUAUUUUAAAGAAUGGGAAUUAAUGGAGCCAAGAGUUCCAGUUACAAUUGAUGCUCGUCUGGGUUAUCGAAAUAAAGGAGACCCUGAAGAUGAAUGGAAGGAAUAUGCCAAGUCAACUGAAAUCAGAACAAUGGAUUGUUCACCCCCUGAAAGGGACGGCUAUCUCUAUAAUUGCUCGCUUCUGCCGCUUUUCGAGCUUGGUGCAUUGCACCACGACUAUUAUCUUCUAAACCUGCGAUUCCCAGUUGUGUAUGAAAACAAUCGAGGACUCGGUCCUGUUGCUGAUCUUUGGCUUGUUGCCAUUAAUCAAAAUGGAGGUUUUACCAAAGUUUGGUUAUCUCUGAAGACUGUUUUCUUCCCUAUGGUUAUUGGAGUCAUCAUAUGGUUCUGGCGCCGUGUUCAGUUACUAGCUAGGCAACCGACGUUGCUAGAAUCUAUGCUCUUGGCCCUUGGCGUCGCUUUGUCAACUUUAAACUUGCCACUGGAAUAUUUAACUCUUUCCAUAGAAAUGCCAUUCAUGCUUCUUUUGGGAGACAUGAAACAGGGCAUUUUUUAUUCUAUGCUUUUAUCUUUUUGGCUUGUUUUUGCUGGAGAACACCUCAUGAAUCAGGAUGAUACUGAGCGAAAAGGAUUGAGAGGUUAUUGGAAACAGCUCAGUUGUGUAGGUGUUGGUUGCUUAUCCAUGUUCAUAUUCGAUAUGUGUGAACGAGGCAUUCAAUUAAGGAAUCCUUUCUACUCCAUCUGGGCAAAUGAAAUCGGCACACAAAUUGCGCUCAGUUUUGUCAUCAUUGCUGGGAUAGCUGCUGGAGUUUAUUUUCUAUUCCUGUCGUACAUUAUCUACCGUGUAUUCCGCAAUAUUAGUGCCAAACGCCAAGCGUUACCAGCCAUGGCGUCUGCGCGAAGGCAUUUCUAUGAAGGUGUCAUUUACAGAUUCAAAUUUCUAAUGUUGGCCACAUUGCUAUGCGCCGCUAUGACAGUCAUUGGCUUCAUUUUGGGUCAGGUCUCUGAAGGCAAAUGGAAGUGGGAUGAGGACAUCAAUUUAGAAUAUACGUCUGCGUUCUUCACCGGAGUAUAUGGAAUGUGGAAUGUCUAUAUCUUGGCACUACUUUGCCUAUAUUCUCCUUCUCACAAGCGCUGGCCUAGCGAAAAUGCGGGACAAGACGAAACGAAUGAAGAAAUCGAAUUCACCCCGCUGCCAACUGAACCUAGUGAGCUUUCAUCGCUUACCGCCAUGAUCAAGAAAACCGCAACGGAUUAGUCCAACAAGCCAUGACAAUGCUUUAUGCCAUCAGUUACUACGUUGUAGUGCGAUUCUUGAAAACGUCCUAUCGUUUAAGUUUUAGGCUCAUACGUUAUUGAGCUUAUUAAAACCUCCAACUUGCUAAGUGUUAGCGAUUUCUCAAGUGUUAUGAAACACUUAAAGCCAUUCUUUCUCUUUUAACGGAGUGCAUUCCUAAUGUUAUUUAUCUCCUUGCAUGUGUCUUUUUCUCUUGACCUAAUAUCACGUUUCAUUGGAACCACUGAUCAAAUAUAAUACUCUUCCCAUC